AUGAAUAACACAGAUACCGCGGUCAAUAAAACCACCAACAGUGCCACCAAUACCGCUUCCAAGACUUCCAACUCCGCCAUUGAACCUGAGGCUGAGGACAACGCAGACAAAAAAGGCCGCUCCCAAACCUACCUUGAACACAAAGACCUGCAGUUGUGUAACUCGUGGUUCAAGAUCAGUGAGGAUCCCAAGAAGGGCACCGAUCAGACCUUUAACGCGUUCUGGGAGGCCAUUGCAAGGCACUACGCAACUCAUAUCCCAAACGCCCUGCAAUCCGCCAAAAGCCUCAAGAAUCAUUGGAGUGACAAGAUUCAGAAGGAAGUGAAUCAAUUUCCCUUCACUAUGCUCGGUUGCUAUGAGAUUCUCAUCACAUCACCAAAAUGGAACAACUACUUGCGGGACCUUGCAAAAAAAAGAGAAUCAACUUCUACAGCCGCAAACAAACGCAAGGAGCCCAACAGCUCAUCAACCAACUUACCCAGCACAAAUUCUACGACUACAGAUGUUUCAAACGGCAGUCGUGGUGGGGAUUCUUCUAGCAAUGAGACUUGCGGCCCUCCAACUUGCCCCAUUGGCCGCAAACGUGCUAAAUGCGACAAAGCAGAUGAACUAGCAGCCAAAAAAACUCAGGAGAGCCUCAAGAAGAUGGCUCAGGCUCACUGUGAUAUUGUGGAGGUCGCUAAAAAACAAAGUAGCUUCCUAGAGGCUCAACAGGCCGCAAUGAAUCGAUUGGUGGACGAGUCAAUUAUGUGCAAGGACCUCUCUGGAGCUAGCAAGAUGAUGAAGAGAUAUUAUUCAAUCAAGCAAUCCAAGAUCAUGGCAAGAUUGGAAAAGGAGCAAUCUGCUUCCAACGAUGCGACUAGCACACGGGCUCCUUGUGACAGUCAAGCGACAGUCAGGAGAAGGAAGCGACUAGGCGCUGGGUGA